CGCCAUUUUGUUAGUUUAAACCAGAAGUGGACCGUCGUCGACCAAUUGUCUUGUACGAAAACAGGUUUUAACAAGCUAUGCCCAUAUAAACUGGUAAUUUCUAAGUUUUAUUUGUGUUAAUUAUGUAUUUCAGUAAAUGUAAACGGUGUCGUACGCUUGCUAAGUAGCAGGCGUUAACGUUGAUAUAAUUAUCUUGGUCGAGCUGGUUUAGCUCAUAUCUUUAGCCAAUUUAAUGUAAGUCUUGGUGAAUCAUGAUAAUGGUACGUUAAUUCAAGCAAUUUUAUCUUAGGACCUUUAUAUCAAUUAUCCGUAGUUUGAAAUGGUAUCAAAUAUAUUCUGUUUAGGCUAGUCAGAGUUGUCUUAACAUACUUCGUUUUCAGCGAAGCAAACUCGGCCCUGUUGUGGUUAGGCUUGCUUUGUUAACCAUUUAGCUACUUAACAUUGUGUAGCUUGUUGCUUUCCCUAUAUUUUUAGUAGCAUUCUACACUGAAUUAUUCAUUUCUAUUGUAAAGUAAACGUGAUGUACUAUGCAACAUGUUUAGUUGGCUAGCUGCAGUAGUUUUUCUCAGAAACUCGAAUACAUAUCUUGGCUACAUUUACGUUGCAUUUUCAAGUAGAACAAGUUUAAUCACGAGUAAUCGACCAGGUCUUUCAAGUUUCAAUUUGUCAUGUUAUGAUAAAUGCUUCAUAAAGAUUGCAAAAGGUUUAAAGAUGUCAUGCACAUAAUUUCGAAGUCAAAACCUUUUGCAAUGGAACAAGAAGAGACGAAAUCAAUUUGGGGAAUCGUCUAUGAAAAAUUAAAUUUGGUCAAGAUAGACAUGCUUAAAUCAGUGCUUGCUUCAGAAUAUGUUGAUACACAAUGUCUGUUUGAGCUAAAAGUUAAAAAUCAACUUGCCAAAAUGUGUAAUUUCUGUGUGUCUUGACGCUUGAAUGUAUACUCUAUAUUUUAUUAAUCUCUCACUCGUUUACCCACGUUGUCAAGUAUGUGGGGAGUGUUUUGCUUUCUUUUUAAAGGUUAUACAGGAAUUUCUCCUACAGCCCUGGGGAUAACUGGAUUUGGAUAGAGGCCAACUCAUGGAGAAAUAUCUUCUCUGAAGAUUGGCACUUUUUAAUAUCCCCCACAGAUAUUUUUCCCUUUCACAUUGGAUGUUUUUUUUUCCCUUUUUUGAAAAUUAAACUUUUACCCAAUUUAGAUGCCCUCACCUAUCUUCAAAUUGCCACAAUGGGUGUGAAGAAAUAGAAGACCCCUCUUCCCAUUCCUACACACACAGACACAACUUCAAGGUUUUCAUUCCUGCACUCCCUGGCUCUCACCUCCAACAUUUAGCUGGAAGAUUUUUAUGCCCUCACCAAACAAUUGUUGUGUUUUUUUUUUUUUUUUUAAUUUAUUAUUGAGGAUUAGAAAAGGACUUUUCAUGGCCGUUUUACUUGUUACAAAGCAGCCUAAGACGAGCAAGUUUCUCAGUGACGAAAGCCUCUCUCGUACUGUUCGCUCUAAACUCAUCGGUCAAGUGUUCCUUCUGGACCAUUACAGCUUAGAGACAACCAAGAAGUAGUUCACCUGGUGGAGACGUCCCCAGCAGGAAGACGCAAUCAGCGGCGCAUUCUUGUUGCACUUAAGGAAACACCAGAGGGCCUCGUAGCAGCACUUGAAGAACUUGCGACUGGCAAGAGUGUUCCCUGGCUAUGACCAGCAUGAGCAAUAAAGGAGAUGAUUGCUAUUUCUACUAUUAUUCAACAUGCACUAAGGGUGAUACUUGUCCUUUCCGUCAUUGUGAGGCUGCCAUGGGUAAUGAGACUGUCUGCAGUCUUUGGCAGGAGAACCGUUGCUUUCGCAAUGUGUGUAAAUUCCGUCACAUGGAAAUAAAGAAAAACCGCAAAGAAAUCCCUUGUUACUGGGAAAAUCAGCCAGGUGGAUGCCAGAAGUUUCACUGUGCAUUUCACCAUGAGAAGCCACGUUUCAUUGAUGGCCUUUUUGUUGCUCCAGACAAAGGGCCUGUGAUGAGGAAGGAGAAAGAAGAAGAAACUCCACAGGACGACCAUGUUUUGUCUGCUUCUGCCAACAUUACCAGCACCACCAACCCACAGCUCAGGGGAGUCAUCAAGGUGGAGACUCAAGAGAGCGUCCCCAGUCCCACCCACCCACCAGUAGUCAUUAAUCCUGUGGACGAUGAGGAUGAUGAAGAUGACCAGUUUUCUGAAGAGGGAGAGGAAGCUUCUGGUGUCUCUCCAAAGAAACUGCUGAGCUCCAAUAGAGAAUCCAGAAACGUCAGUGGCUGGAUGAAAGAUGCAAGAGUCUGUCUGGAUCCCAGAAACUCACUCAGCUUUUAUGCACACACACUGAUUACAAGCAAACAGAUCACAGAUGAGUCGCUGAACUUUGGUGUCAAAACACUGGAGGAGAUCAGGUUGGGGAAAGCGCUGAAGGCUAGUCUAAACAAAUUAGGUCAUCCCUUUUUGCAAGGCCCUGAUGGUCUCACCGCAGCAAAACAGUGUAGCAGCAGAACUGGCACAGAAGAAGAAACUAUUCAGUCGGUCACAUUGGCAGCAGUCAUCACUACCAGUGAGUCUCCUGCUUUGGAGGACUUCAGAAAAAAGAAAAUUACUGACAGGCUUGGAAAAAGAUUUGAUGAAGAUAUACUUGUGGAAGGUGGUCUACGGCUGAAAGGGUCCCUUGCUAAGCGCCUUGGUGGAUUUGUUGACUCCACUGAGAAUAAAAUUGAUAUGCUUCCCCAGAAAGUUAAAAUUCUGAGACCAGUGCGUGAAAGACUUGGAACAGCCCCUGUUAUCACUGCACCCAAGUCACCAAACAGUGAGUCAAAGCCUUCAAAUGAGAUCCGAAUCAAAACUCUUGAGGAGAUUCGUCAGGAAAAGGCGGCUAAAUCUCAGAUGCAGUGCAAAGUAGUCAAAGUUGUCACUGGGGCACCUACAAAUGCAUCACCUUCCACUAAAAGAGAUAAGCCUGUCAGUGGUCCUACUAUAAAGACUUUCUCAGAGAUCCUACAUGACAAGAAAAAACUCCAGGAAACGAAAUUGGUGCCUCAUCAAGGUAGUACUAGUACUGAGAAAACCGAGGGCCCUAUAAAUACUGGAGUGAUCAAAUUGACCGCCCAGUCAGCAAAGAUCAAAGUUAAGACACUUGAAGAGAUUCGUAAAGAAAAAGCUGACAGAAUGCAAGCAAAGACUCAGGACACCACAAAUAAUGCCUGUACUUCAAGUGAUGCAGUCCCAAAAAGACGACUCAUUCGUGUUGGCAAGACUGGAGGAGCUGUCAACAUCAGAUCUCAAAAAGUGCAAGAUUCUGAGAAGGUGGAUUGCAUUGAAGAGUACACUAGCGCCUCCAUUCAGGAUGUAACAGUAAAGAGCUUUGCGGAGAUCAUGCGAGAGAAAAGGCUUCGCAAGCAGCAGGAGCAGGCCGCAUCUGCUGUUGAGCCUGAGCAAGCUGCCCAGAAACCAAUCGCAGUACUUUGUGAAAAGUCUCCUACUGUCAUCAGACCAGGAUUAAGCCUCCAGGCAAAUUCAUCCAUACAACAAGGAAUAAGUCAUCAGGCCUCCUCUCCUGUCCCUUUUGUAGUACCCCAGAGGAAGUCUCCAGAGAUGCAGAAUAAGGAGAACUCUCUUACCAUAAGUCCUAAGAAAUCCAAGUCAUCCACUUCAGUGGCACUUCCUGUGCAAGUGUCAGAGAUGGCAGAUUCUUUAGGCCAACAUUCACAGGAGGCACACUGGGAGAAUGCUCAAGCAGUCACCAAGAUGCCCCCAAGCAAAGCAGCAGAAUUAAAAGUGAGGCCCAAACUGAAUGUAAAGCCAUCAGUGAUGAAGCCAGCUGCUCAGGUGAAACCUGGCCAGAAAAGGAAAGCUGCAGGCAUCCAUUGCUCUGCUGUUGCUGCAGUGAAACCUCUUAAUGCAGUCCCUGCUUCUGAUGUUGAACCACCAUGCAAGCAGACUCAGUUGUCUGUAUCAUCCUGCUGCUUAGAAGUUGAAGCCAGGGUGCAACAGGUAUCAUCUGUUGCUGAGCAGUGCUCGCCUGAGCCCCUUUCUGUUCCACAUAGCCCCGUCAUUAAGACUCCCACCCAAACUCGGCCACGUCGGGCAAGUGUGGCUUCUGCACGUGCCACUGUUUCUGCUGGAAACUCCUCCACACUGGAUGACUUUGAGGAUCUGUUGGAUGAAUUUACUGAUGACAGGCUGGAAGACGAGAUUGAGUUGGACCCAGGCAAAGGCGAGGAUGACCUUUUGUUGGAGCUUUCUGAGAUGAUUGACAGCUAAGCUUGAUCUCAGGGAAUACUUGUUCUUCACUGAGUUAUGCCAAGCCCUUCGAAACACUCGACUUUUUGAGCUGAAGCUUUUUUUUUUAAAUAAAACCUGGAUCAAUGUUUGUUUUCUUUAAUGUUGAGUAAAGGUUAGCUUGCCAUUUAUUUUUCUGUUCUAUUUUUGAUUAUUUAAAUAUUUUAAAUAUUACAUUUCUGCAUAUAUUCAGUAAAAUUUACUUCAAUAUUAAUGGCUGUUAUAAAGAUCUUGAAAUUCAUUGAGCCAUUCAUACUAUACAUUUGUGGUUUAUAGUAUCUGAUUAGUUUCAAGUUCUUUGUACUAUUCAACAAAUCAUGUAAUAUUAAUGCAGAAAGUGUUCAUUUGUAUACUGUGUAUGCUUUGGAAAGCUAAAAGAUGAUCGAGGGCCAGGAAAACAAGUGAUUUCUUAAAUCAGUGCUCUCAUUCAUGUGAAUUAAUUUUCUAUUUGAAAUUGGAUUUGUGAAAUCUUUGACUGUGGAUGGUUUGUUCUUUUAAUGAAUUGUUUGUGAUGGUAUAGAUUUGUUUUCAGGAUUUAUACUUCCAGGCCUACUAUAUCUUGUUGCAUAUAUUUUGCUCUACAUAAGCCUAAUGUUUGAUCCAUAUUUCCUGUUAAAGUAAUUCAUGAGAGAUUGUGUUCCCCUUUCACACUCUUUUUACUCUUUGUAAAGGUUCUCAGGGACUGUUUUAGCUUUCCAAAUGUUUUUACCUGUGGUUCAUUUAAGUACUUAUUCAACUAGAGGUCCCUCUCUCUGUACUGCUGGUAGUUACUCCUUGACCUCAAGAUGACUGUUUUAACCUAGGUUUUCAAAUAGGAUUAUACAUUUGGCAUCAUGGUUGGUUUCAUUAAAAUGUUUCUGUAAUUAAUUUUAUUUGACAUUUGUGUAGCGUUUGCAUUUUCCAGUUUUUUUUUUUUUUUUUGAAGGUAAUCGUUGCCUUUCACGGGAGCAUGUUGGUGCAACAGCUAGCAUUGAUGCCUACAAACUGUGUGGAAUUUAACAUUCUCCCUAUGCCAGAGUAGGUUUCAGAUGGAUAAGUGAUUCUAAAUUGCCCUAAAAUGGAAAGUCUGUUUUUGUUGUACUGGCAUCUCAUCCAGAGUUUUUAGGAUUGCCACUGUAUCCACAACACUGUCAAUGUAAGGUUAUACUUGCUCAGUAUUUUGCAGUUAUUUUCAAAAUAUUAUUUAUGAAAUAUGUUGACAAUAAAACUGACUCCAAAUUA